GCAACAAGCAGCACCAUGAAGCCCAAGCGGCUCAGUCUGGACGCUUUCGACCACAUAGUCAAUCGAUGCAUUUUCUUCGUUUUUAAAACUUUUAUCGGGUUGCUUUUAGGCGAUAGUAUUCCUGCAGGUCGUCCGAGCAAUUGGGAGGAACACCGAAAGCCGAGCUUCUCAGGUCGCCGAUCCCGCCGCAACUCGUUGAGCGAAGAAUCGCAGCUGACGAUCGAAAACUUCGGCGGUUCCCAGGAUCAGCUGAACACCAUCGGGCGGUUCGACCGGGAGCGAAAGAUAUCGAACGGUAGUCUAACGUCGGUUGAGCCGGCUACUCCGGCCCGGUCGUCGCUGGCCGAUGCCCGGGGUUCGAUCCAGUUCGGGUACGAUACCGACUCGUCCGGCAACGAGAAGCAGGAUCGGGACACCGAAAAGCCAACUCCAACCCUUCGGAGGCACAACAGCACCAAUUUGCAACAACAGCAACAUUCCGUUAGCGGCGACAAAGACAUGCUGGAUGGGGACCUCACCGGGUCCGGCAAGCACAACAGUGGUCCGAUCAGUGUGGCGGAAGUGGCCGCCGAAAGUACUCCGCCCCGGCGGAAAACGUCCUUCGCAACGUUACCCAGCGGCAACACCACCACCUGGCAACAGCAGGCAAUCAGCGUUCAGAAGAUGGAAGAUGCAGACGAUGCCCAACCGGGUUACGAAGAUGCCAGCAAAAUUUCCACCAUCAAGCUGAAGCUGGAGGAGAAGCGGCGACUCAUCGAGCUCGAAAAGCGCCGAAUAGAAUCGGCCUGGUCCAAGCAGCUCCAAACGGUUGGAAAACAAGCCUUUUUACAAGCCAUUAAUAAGGGCAAAAGUGGUGGCGGCAGCAUGUCGGAGUCGGACACAUCCCCGAAGGAGUCGCUCGGUGGCGCCGGGGAUGUGCUCGAAGAUACCGGAGGUGGUGCCGCAGCACCAGAACACCAGCAACAACACCGGAUGGUGGAACGACCCUGCUCCCUGAAGGAUCUGGAUGAUCAAACUAAGUACGAAUCCAAGUGGAAUGCACAGGUGAUCGAGCCCAAGAAAACGCCAGAUUUGGAGAACAUGGACUUGGAACAGUAUCAACAAAGUAUUACAAAAAUGAACACCCACCUGCACGAUAUUCAGGCGGACAUCCAACGGCUAACGCAGCAGCAGAACCAAAUUCAAGCCCAAACCCUGCAAGCCCAGCAGCUACUGCAUGCGCAACAGAUUGCCAAUCUGCUGAGCCAGCAAUACGGCUCCCAACAAAACAUCCAGCAAACCAUGCACGGUACCUAUCGACCUAUCAACACGCAACUGUUCGGUUCUAGUCCUCAUUUGCCGCAACAGGCCGCGCCCCUUCUUCAGCAACAGCAACAACAACAACAGCUCGGUACUCGACCACCCAGCAGGGAUCCGUUCAUGACUCAGCAGCAGCAACUGCACACCCUCCAAUACGUAAACGAUCAGGGUCAAUACAUCCAGCAGCAACAGCAGACCCACCAACAGCAGUAUUCCAACAACAACAUGGGCUACGAGAACGGACUACACCGGAAGGAAAAUCAAUACUCAUCGAAUCCAUACCUGAAUAUGGACCAGCAACAGCAGCAAUUCUACCAAGACUCCAAUCACUAUCGAGAUCCGUAUUUACCGCAAGAGGUCAAGGAACCUCCCAUCCAGCAACAGCAGCAGCAACACAAUCAAUUUUUCCUGCACGAUAACAACAGUAGCACCCCGCCGCAACCGGCUCAACGGAGAACCUGGGCCCAAUCGGCUGCAGCCGCCGCAAACCAACGAGUGAGUUCCGAGAUAACCCUGGACAUUAACGCAUGGAACCAAGGUUUGAAAAGUUCGCCAUACAACAACAACAAAUCUCCUAGUCAGAGCGGUUUUUCGCUGCACCACAAUGGUGACGGUGGUGGCGACGGGUACGGAGGAGGAGUAGGAAGCCGACACGGCGGUAGUCAACAAUCAUUCCAGAAUCUGUUCGAGGUACACCAUGGUGGUUCCGCAAGUAGUCCGCAGCACACCCGGGUGCGGAAUCAAAUCUCGCAGAUGAUCAACCACGGUAGCAGCAGUUCGUCGCCGGUCGGCGAGAAUCGUAGCCACCUGGCGGACAGUUUCCGGGACAACCGGAGUAUGAUGCUGUCGCCACCGAUCGACGACAUGGCUCCGCAAAGUAUAUCCUUCAUCGGGGACGAGGACAACGGUGAUAUGGAGAUCAAUACAUCGAAGGGUGGCAGCAGUUUUACCCUCAGGCAACAACAGCAACAGCAGCAACUAGAUCAGCUGUACGGUAGCAGCAAACAGCUGACGAAUAACAAAAUGAUGCACCACAACAACAACAACAAUAACAACCAUCCGGAGCUGGACAAACAUCUGAGCAAGCUGAACAUCACCAGCGGCAACCGUACUUACCGGAUCCCAUCGCCAACGAGACCGACGAUCAACUCCAACAGUUUUCAUGAUCCGCAGCAGGACGACAUGAACGAGCAGAAGGGCUUCUACAUCUCGUUCGAUAACGAGCAACCGAAGCGGCCGAAACCACCGCUCCGAACCAAGCGCUCGCCCAAGAAAGAUAAACUGACCGGAGGAGAAGGAAGAGGAGGAGGGUCAUCAUUAGUCAGUGGUGGUGGGGCCACCGAUCCGGACGGCCACAACAGCAGCAGCAACGAGAAAAUCAAUCAUCGAGAAAACAAUCAACACAAUUUCGGCACCUUUAGUGUGAAAACCGCCAACAGUUUUUCGUCGAACUUCAACGAAGAGCAAGUGGUCACUCGGAAGAGCAUCAUCGAUAGCUCGAGCUCCCCAUUCGAAACGGGCACCGCUGGAAGCGGGAACGUGAAUCACCAUCAUCGGCUCAGCCAGCACAACAACAGCAGCAACAUGGCCGCGGCCCUACAGGAACAUCGGGAUCCGAGCGAGCGGCGCCACCUCGAGGAUGUCACCAACCACACCAACAACAUUCAUCAUUCGUACAACAACAAUAACAGCAACACUAGUGGCAGCAGUUUAGGCGAUGGCUACGGAAGUGAGAACGAAAACCAGCGGAAAGCGAAGCUAGUGAUAGGCACCGAUGUGACCAACCUGGACCCGUCGUCAGUGGACGAGAUGGAAAAACGGAAGGAGAAAAUUAUGCUGCUUUCGCUCCAGCGGCGGCAGCAGGCCGAGGAAGCGAAGGCACGCAAAGAGAUCGAAGCCAUGCAGCGGCGCGAGAAGGAACGCGAAAAGGAGGAGGAACGAUCCCGCAAGAAGGAGGAACAGAUGGCCCGGCGGCAGGCCAUACUCGAAGCGCACAAACUGAAAAAAGCCAUCGAGGAAGCGGAACGGGAGGGCAAAACAAUCGACCGGGAGCUUCUGAUCAAACACCAGCAGCACCAGGCGGCGCUAAAUCAGUCAUCCUCGGCAGCGCCAAUGCACCAUCACCAAACAUCUUCGACUCCGGUGGCAAAAAUGCGACCCCAAAAACUGACCCGGCCCCGGCCCAAAACGAUACACGUCGAAACGGGCUCAGUCGACCUGAGCGAAACUUCCAGCCUGGGCAGCAGCCGGGGCAAAAAGGGAUCCAACUCCAACCUUACCGGAAUCGGAUUGCAGAGUUCGAACUCGAUGCGACGCGAUUACUACCGGGGAUCACAAGACUCACUAGCUAUACGAGAAUCACCGGAUGAGUAUCCGAGUAGCAGCUCCACACCGAUAGGCCGCCGAGGCUCGUACAAAACCGGAAGAGAACCACCGGCCACGAUCGAACGCGGUCGUACCUUGUCACGAAUCUCACUAGCGAAAGGUGCCAAUUUCCGGGGACGUAAAUCCAACUCCCUGAUGAAUCUGUGCGAUUCCGACUCCGGACUGGGCCGUGCCACUCCCCCGAGGAGAGCACCGUCGCCCGGAAUGGGCCCAGCCAGCCGCCAUCUGCCGUCGCCUUCCGGUCCUGGAUCGCUGCCCCCGGGUUUGAUUACCAAACGGCGCGGCUUCGAUGAUGGUUCCAGCGAUAUCUCCUCGACUGCGAGUUCCAUGAUGGACUACAACGGUCCCAAGCUCUACAAGCAACCCGCCACCAAAUCGAACCGCGGAAUCAUCCUGAACGCGGUCGAGUACUGCGUGUUUCCGGGGGUGGUGAAUCGCGAUGCCAAACAGAAGGUGCUGGAGAAGAUUGCCCGAUCGGAGGCGAAACACUUUUUGGUGCUGUUCCGGGAUGCCGGUUGCCAGUUCCGCGCCCUCUAUGGCUAUUGGCCCGAGAACGAGCAGAUCGUGAAGCUGUACGGGACCGGCCCGAGCCAGGUGGACGAUGUGAUGUUCGAUAAGUUUUUCAAGUACAACUCCGGGGGCAAAUGCUUCGCGCAAGUGCACACCAAACACCUGACCGUGACGAUCGACGCCUUCACGAUACACAACUCGCUGUGGCAGGGCAAGAAGGCAAACCUGCCGAGUAAAAAGGACAUGGCCCUGGUAAUUUGAGCUGCUGCUGCUGUUGAACGGCAUUGAUAAGAAUUUGAUGGAAUUGUUUCUAAAGCUGGCGGCUGGCUACCUUCAAUCGACGACGUCCCACGGAGUUGUCGAAGGUAUCAGUGCUGGUUUUUUUCGAGUUACAAGAGGAAAUCACCAGUGUACAGCAGAAAGUUAGUUGGUUCAAUAUGGAUGGGAGGGUCCCUCCCACCUCCCAUGCCUCUCAUGUAUCUAUAUGUAGAGCAGCGCUGAAACAAAAUGGAAAGUGAACAGUAUUUUUGUUUGAAUGUUUUAACCGUCUACGUUCUCUUGACAGAUACCAACUACAUACUACUACUACUACUACUAUUGAAGCAAAAAGAAAACUGAAUUGAAUUAUGACCAACACACGACGACGGAAAAGUUCCGGUUGUUAAAGACUAACAUUCGUAAUCACAGAGAAAAAAAGCAGCAAGAUUAAAUUGAUUAAUUUUGUGAUUUUCUUAGACAUGUUUUCUAUUGGUCUUGAAGUUUCCAAAUAACCUUUUCAGAUUUACAUUGUUUGUAAUUUGGUUUUGCUUAUUCUUGAGAAGAAUAAUUGUUGUUUUCUUUAUUUAUUGAAAAAAUAAAUUUCUAAUCAAUUUUGCAUGCUUGUCAAAGGAAAAUUAAACUCAGAUUAGUAUGUGUAAAUAGUUAUAAAUAUUACCAACUCAACUUAUUAUUAGUUAGCGGCUCUCUUUCCAUCUGAAGUGGGUAGUUGUUCUUCGGAGUUCCAAAUUAAACAAUUUUUAGCCUCAACGAUAACAACAACAAAAUCCUCAAACCGUAUCAACGGAAAAUCUUAUCGACGAAUUCCUGUUUCAGCAUUACCUACCACAGCUCGAUGUCUAGCAUUAUACAACUAUUCUUAGAACAAGCAGAGAUAUCGCGCGAAGAAUGCACCCGUUUUAGUUGAGGUUCCCCCUUUCAGUCCCCUAACCAUCAUUCCCUUUUCCAAAAUGUAGGUAAACCCUAAACAUUAACCGCCAACCAUUAACCGUUUACAAUAACACGACAAUGGAAAGCUAAAGCCAAACUGAUCCUUAAAAUAAAGGCAAACAAAUUCUGAACCGUUAACUGGACAGUAUCGAAACUAACUUAUUAAAACAUCUUAUAGCAGCCUCAACCAACACAAAGAAUCGAACCAAGCAAGAAAGUAAGAGAAAGCUACAUUGUUUUUCCUUCCAUGUUAAAAUAAACGUAGCUAAAAGGCCAACAUUGAAAACCACAACCCUUCCUCUCCCUCUCAGAGGACGGCUUCAUGGGACCGGGUAGUUUAUUUUGGAGACGUUUUAAAUAGAAACACAUUAUUUAUAUUGGUACCAACCACUCUCCAAGCCCAAUGCUUUUGUUUUCCGAUUCUGUGCUUUAAAUCUAGACGAAAAAUUAAAUUAUAGUUUUGGAAGCUUUUAAUCCGUUAGUUUAGAACUAAUCACCACGCGCGAAGAGUUUGGAGAAGGGAGACCACGCGAGAUCGAGUGUGGCGACAUAUGUAUGAGGAAACCCGUGAAAGUCCAUUAGUUUUUUAAGGUGCGAUGCGUGUUUGAAUGUGAUCGAGCAUAUGUCAGCGUUCAUUGAGAAAUUUAGUCUGAGCAAUGGAUUAUUUUAUUGACUAAUUAGGGGUUUCAGUUUAUCAUUUUUUUUUGUCGUUUAAUCACAAAAAAACUCACAGCAUAUUUGUCUAAUCAAUUAUUUUUUAAUUAUAUAAUCGUCUGUAUUAACUAUUAUUGUUGUAAAAUAAUCAGAUGAAUGUAAGCAAUCGAGUGAAAGUGAAGAGAACGAAUUAUUACUACCAUAUUUAGGCAAACAAAGAGCAAAGUUAUUGAUUAACUGUAUAGAGGAGGGCUGUAUGCCGAGCAUAUAAAUUCGAAUAAUGAAAUAAUCCCGUAUCUGACCUUUCUUCUGAGAAUCCUGUCCACAUUGUCCCCUUCCUCUCAUACUUUCCAGUAACCCUAACCCAUUUACGUUGGAUGAUGUUUAUUGAUAAUGCUGAGAAAAAAUACCUACAACAGAAAAAAAUAAUAGAGAGAUGAAGAAUUAAAACAACUACACAUACACUUAAUAUUGACUAGGAACAUUAAAACCAAUUCUCUUUUUUGUACAUCUGUAUUAGUGAAGAAAAAAAACUAUAACUACAAAAGGAAAAAGUUAAUGAACAAAAACCAUUUUAUUUAAGAA